AUGGUUCUCAAUCACCUCUUCUCCAAGUCGUCGCCUGACAAGAAGGACAAGGACAAGGACAAGGACAAGAGCAAGAAGGACAAGGACCGCAAGGACAAGGAAAAAGACAGGGACAGGGACCGCCCACGGAGCAUCGACCAACUGCCCCAGCGCUCGCCCAGCCGCAGCACGACUGUUGCCGCCCCGGAGUUGCCCGCGUCGCCUCUCAGAGCGUCUCGCAAGUCCCCCACAAAGUCUUCUCUCUCGCACCGUGAGCUCCAUCACAGCCGCUCCUCGUCGACUGCCUCCAGACACAGCUUUUUCUCAUCCAGGCGCCACUCGCACUCGCACAGCCGCGACUCGCACCCGCUCAACCUGCCCCCGGACGAGCUCCGUCGUCGCCUGUCAGCCAUGGCCGCUGCAAGGGAAGAGAUGCGGAGCUCGAUGGACAUUGACCGUGACGUGCCUGCGUCGCCUCACACGCCUGCUGCUGCUGCUGCUGCUGCUCAGCAAGACGGCACCAUGGCCAACGGUGUCUACAAUGCCCAGCCAGAACGAAGUCCUACCCCGCCGCCUCAUCGGACGAGUCCAUCUCAGUCGCAGCCAUCAGACGGUGGAGAGGCCUUCAAACUGGCUGGGAACAAGUUUUACAAGGCUGGAGACUAUGAUCGCGCGAUUCAAGAGUACAACAAGGCUCUCGAGAUCAACCCCAACUCCCCCGCCUUCCUUUCCAACCGUUCGGCCGCCUAUCUCUCGUCCAACCGUUUCCUAGAGGCCCUGGAGGAUGCGCAGCGUGCCCUCGAACUGGACCCUGGCAACUCCAAGAUCAUGUACCGGCUGGCGCGGAUAUACACCAGUCUGGGACGUCCGGCGGAGGCGCUGGAGGUGCUCUCCAAAGUGCAGCCGCCGGCGUCGGCCAAGGACAAGGCGCAGGCCGAGUCGAUGCUGCGGUACAUUACCCAGGCCGAAGAGACUCUGAAGGAGGGUAAAGGCGGAUCCAUGGUGUUGUACGCCAUCGACCAGGCCACGCAGAUGCUGGGCCCCGGCGUGAAACAGCCCCGGAAAUGGACCCUGAUGGCGGGUGAGGCUCACUUGAACAUGGGCAACGACAAUGCCUACGGCAAGGCUCACGACAUUGCCAUCUCGCUGCUGCGGGAGAACAACCAGGACCCGGAUGCGCUGCUCCUCCGCGCCCGGGCGUACUACGGCCAGGGUGACAACGACCAGGCGUUGAAGUACCUGCGCAUGGCGCUCAACAUGGACCCGGAUAACAAGCAGGCGUUCCAGCUGCUGCGUCUGGUGCAGAAGCUGGUCCGCACCAAGGAAGAAGGCAACGCCGCCUUCAAGGCACGCGACUACCAGCGGGCGGUUGAGCUGUACACGCAAGGCCUGGAGAUCGACCCCAACAACAAGGAUAUGAACUCGAAGCUGCUGCAGAACCGCGCCCAGGCGCAUCUGACCCUGAAGAACUACGACCAGGCGAUCGCGGACUGCACUGAGGCGCUGCGCCUGGACCCGUCGUACACCAAGGCCAAGAAGAUCCGCGCCAAGGCCUACAGCGCCGCGGGCAAUUGGGAGGAAGCCGUCAAGGACUACAAGAGCGUGGCCGAGGCCAACCCGGGCGAGAAGGGCAUCCAGGACGACAUCCGGCACGCCGAGUUCGAGCUGAAGAAGAGCAAGCGGAAGGACUACUACAAGAUUCUGGGCGUGUCCAAGGACGCCAGCGAACAGGAGAUCAAGAAGGCGUACCGGAAGCUGGCCAUCCAGUACCACCCGGACAAGAACCGUGACAACCCGGGCAAUGACGAGAAGUUCAAGGAGAUUGGUGAAGCGUACGAGACGUUGAUUGAUCCUCAGAAACGCGCGGCGUACGACAAUGGCGACGACCUCAUCGAUCCAUCGGAGAUGUUUGGCCGCGGCGGAGCCACCUUCACGACCAACAUGGGCGGCAUGGGCGGCGCCAACAUCAACAUCGACCCCAACAUUCUGUUCAACAUGAUGGGCGGCGCCGGCGGCUUUGCGCAUGCGGGCGGCAAUCCGUUUGCGGGCGCGCAGUCGCGUGGCGGGUUCAGCGGGUUCCCAUUUUGA